CAUGCGCACAUGUGUGGGAGUACGAUACAGUGAUCGAUAUCUUUGGAUUGGAGGCAGCGACAAUCUCGUGCUGUGGAGGAGGUUAGCGGUGUUGGUUCUUCAACCAGGAUCCUUUCUACUGAGGGGUUUGGGCGAUACAUACAACAUAGAAGAAUCUAAGUAAACCGCUGUCUCAGUCGUCUGCCGCCAUGAUGAGAAGCCUCUCCGUCCUGGGGGUCAGUCUCGUUCUGGUGUGUGCCUUGGUGUCGUCUGCUCCCGUAGAAAAGGCCCCGGAACUAGCUGCUGGUGAAAAUAUUGAAGUUGCCAAGCGCGACCAGGAGGCGAUCCUGUUCGGCAACCAACAGAACGACCCUCGUUUAAAAAAGAAGAAGAGUGAUCCCGCCGUCCCCGUCAUAGCAGACGACAGUAGCUUAGAUAAACAGGGCUCCGUCAUCGCAGUACCCGCUAAACAGGAAGACUUCAUCCCCGAAGAGCAUCAGGUAGCCGGCAGCGCCCAGGAGCAGACGGCAGUGGAAGCAGACGACAAUCAAGAACAGGAACAGGUUGCGCCGGUUGUUCCCGUCAUUACACAACAGCUGCCAGAAGGCCCGGUUGGCGAUGCAGGCAGCGAGGUUGACGCUGACUCUGUGGAGGAAGAACUGAAGGACAUAUUGGCCGACAGCAAUGAGGGGGAAGGUCCUGUUGGGGCUCCUGUUGACGAUGUGCCGGCUGAGGAGGAAGAGGUGGAAUCUGAGGAGGAGGGUGAAGGUGCUGAGCAGACAGACGACUCAGAAGGUACAGCUGUGGCUCAAGCUGACAACGAUGUGAACACGCCGCUCCUGGACCUAUACUAUUACAUGAGGGAAAAUGAGAAGGGACGCAACAAUGACCCCCCACAGCAAGACUACUACCCCUACGAUCUCAGUUACUACCCCUACCGCCGUCGUCGCAGCUCGAGACGUAGCCGUGCCAUCACAGAGGGGGACAUGAUACACAACGAGGUGAAGCGCUCCAAGAGGAUCAAGCGAGACCUCCUGGACGAUAUAGACGCUUACUCCUACGGAGAUGAAGAAGGCUACCCCCAACAGCUCACCGCGGAGGAUCUGUACGAGCUGUACCGUCCUGAGCCGAGGUACGAAGACGAGGUGGCCACCCUAUUAGACAUGUACCAGCAGGCACCCCAGGUGGCAGCCUACGAGCCGUACGAGCGGUACCCAGUGGAAGAGUCCUACCCUGAGACAUACGAGGAGGUGGAGCAGCAGGAGGAGCCGGAGUACGUGCCCAGCAAACGCCAGAUGAUGAGCAACCUGCCAGGCAUCAGGAAGAGGUACUUCUAUCCCUUCAGCCGGGAGCCCCAAACACACUGGGGAGCCUUCAUCCCUCAACAGAAACGGGACUAUGAGCAGGCCUAUAAAAGACUCUUGGCCCUCGCCAGUGCGCUGUCUGAAGAUUCCCCAUACUACGAGGAGUACAGGAAAAAAUAAAGCUUCAAUUUGAUAGGAAGAUCGAAGUUGGGAAGACAGAGUAACUUCUAUCAAACUGUACUUUAACAUCUGGAGAAACACGUCUCGUGACGUAUCUGUGAUCUCACCGUCUCUCGGUACGGACGAGAUGUGAACACCGGAUGUGAUGUGUCUUGUCACGUGUUGUACAAAGACGUUCAUGGCUGUGGCAAGUCUGCGAAAAGGAAUAUUUAGGAAAACGUGAAAUAUAUUUAUUGAAAGGGACUAAAUACAAAUUAUCUCCAUACAUGAAUAGACAACAACCAAUUUAUUUUUCUGUGGAUGUGCAAUGUUGUAGAAAUGUAAAAUUAUCUCGUGCUAGAUUGUGCAUAAUGUUUAGUGUUUAUUCCAUCCCCACGAUCUGGUAUCCCACUCGCUUAAUUUUCUUCCCCGUGAUCUCGAUGUUACAUGCAUCACUGAAAUGAAACAUAACCCUAAACCAAACUUGUUUACACAUUUCUCUGAGUAAAAAGAAAAGUAAUAAUCUGUUGACGUGUGAACAAUUUUGGUUUUUCGAUGUGACUCCCUAUUGGUGUAUGUGCGUGUUGGUAUGACGAUAAAGAGCUCGACGGUUUUAGGAAAUGUCCAUAUAUGGUAGCUGUAUCAUAUCACUCGGCACUUUCCGUAGCAGUCGUUUACGGAAAGAGCCGAGACAACAUAUCCUCACGCAAAUAUUAUGUUCUGAAGUAUUUUAAAAAUCAUAUUUAUUUUAGAGAAUAUCACUUUAAAUGCCUCUGCUGAAUCAAUAUGAGAUGUACUGUAUGUACGACCCACCAACCUACUGCUCUAGCUGCUCGCAGUAUAUUCACACGUUUGGAGUGAUGAAACAUGGACGCUUUAUCUGGAGGAUAACAUAUAUUUCUAAGUUCAAUUUUUCAUUAGGAACUCCAAAACAUUUAUCAUUAUUUUUGCAUAUAAACCAUCUUUACUAUAUAAGGGUCACAAGUACAUCUAUAUAUUCAACAUAUUGCUCAUCAAAUUACACCUUUAACCAAUCACAUCCAUCGCUAUUGCCAAAAUAUCAAACUGUGUGAUUUCCCACCGUAACCAUGGCUACCAAAGGUUGUGAUGUUAAAGGGAUGUGUCUCGUUAUUUGCUGACGUCAAUAAAUUUAAAAUGCCUA